AUGCACCAUUAUGAGCCCAUUUUACAGAUGAGGCAGAAGUCAUGGCCCGGGGUCAUACAGCUGGGUCUAGCGGGGUCGUUGGAGGUCCAGCUGGCACUGGAGACCAUUAUCCAGACACUGGAGAGCAGCAUGCUGGGGGCGGGCCAGGAGAAGGGCCCGAGUGUGCGGGACCCGGCCCAGGACUCUCUGCCUGCCCGCAUCAGGGAGAUUGUGGCCCGCAACCUCUCCCAGCCUGAGAGCCCAGCCCCGCCGCCGGCCCCAGAGAUGGCAUCGAUGCUGUCGCUGCAGGAGGAAAACCAGCUGCUGCAGCAGGAGCUUUCCCGUGUGGAGGACCUGCUGGCCCAGAGCCGAGCCGAGCGCGAUGAGCUGGCCAUCAAGUACAGCGUGGUCAGCGAGAGGCUGGGGCAGGCUGUGCGGCUGGAGUCUGGGGAGCUGGCAACGCCGGAGCCUGGGGGGCUGGCGCGGCAGAGCGUGGAGCUGCGGAGGCAGCUGCAGGAGGAGCAGGCCUCCUACCGGCGCAAGCUGCAGGGCUACCAGGAGGGCCAGCAGCGGCAGGCCCAGCUCGUGCAGCGGCUGCAGGCCAAGAUCCUCCAGUACAAGAAGAAGUGCUCGGAGAUGGAGCAGCAGGUGCUGGAACGAUCCACAGAGCUGGAGCGGCAGCGGCUGCGGGACACAGAGCACAGCCAGGACCUGGAGAGCGCCCUCAUCCGCCUGGAGGGGGAGCAGCAGAGGAGUGCCAGCCUGCUCCAGGUGAACGCCAUGCUCCGAGAACAGUUGGACCAGGCGAACUCGGCUAACCAGGCCCUGAGUGAAGACAUACGCAAGGUGACCAGCGACUGGACGCGUAGCCGCAAGGAGCUAGAGCAGCGCGAGGCAGCCUGGAGGCGUGAGGAGGAGUCCUUCAACACCUACUUCAGCAACGAGCACAGUCGCCUGCUUCUCCUCUGGAGGCAGGUGGUGGGGGUGCGGCAGCUGGUCAGCGAGGUGAAGAUGUCCACUGAGAGGGACCUACUACAGGUGGGAGGGGAGCUGGCCCGGACCUCCCGAGCCAUCCAGGAGGCGGGCCUGGGGCUGAGCGCAGGCCUGCGGCUGGCCGAGAGCCGGACCCAGGUGGCCCUGGAGAAGCAGGCCCUGCUACAGGCCCAGGUGGAGGAGCAGCUGCGGGACAAGGUUCUUCAGGAGAAGGACCUGGCCCAGCUGCAGGCACAGAGCAACUUGGACAAGGCUGACCUGAGCGCCAGGGUGACAGAGCUGGCCCUGACGGUGGAACGCCUUCAGAACCAGAAUCUGGAGAAGGAUCAGGUCAACAAGGCGCUCGCGGAGAAGCUUGAAGCUCUGGAAUCCCUGCGGCUUCAGGAGCAGGCGGCCUCGGAGAACGAGGAUGGGGAGGGGCUGCAGCAGACCCUGAGGGACCUGGCGCAGGCCGUCCUGUCAGACGUGGAGAGUGGUGUCCAGCUAAGCGGCUCUGAGCAGACGGCGGACGCAUCAGAUGGCAGCCUGCGGGGCCUCUCCGGUCCCCGGACCCCGUCCCCGCCUCAGCGACCCUCCCCGGGCCGUGGACGGUCCCCGCGCCGAGGCCCCUCUCCCACCUGCUCGGACUCCUCCACGCUCGUGCUGAUCCAUUGCGCCCUGCACAAGCGCCAGCUGCAGGUUCAGGACAUGCGUGCGCGCUACGAGGCCAGCCAGGACCUCCUGGGCGCCCUGCGGAAGCAGCUCGUGGACAGCGAGGGCGAGCGCCGCGCGCUGGAGGGGCAGCUGAGGCGCCUGCGGGACACGGCCGAGGGGGCCGCUCGGGCGCAGGAGGACGCCCAGCGCGAGGCCCAGCGCCUGCGGAGUGCCGUCGACCUCCUGAGCAGGGAGAAGGACAGCCUGGCCGUCAGCCUGCAGGUGGCCAAGCAGCAGGCUGAGGGGCUGCAGCAGGAGCGGGAGAAGCAGCAGGCGGCGCACGAGGAGCUGCGGCGGCAGCGGGACCUGCUGCAGGACGAGCGGGAGGACUCCGCGCAGGACGGUGCGCGCAUGCGCAGGGAGCUGGAGCGCAGCCACAAACAGCUGGAGCAGCUGGAAGCCAAGCGCUCGGGACUGGCGAAGGAGCUGGUGGAGGUGAGGGAGGCGCUGAGCUGUGCCACGCUGCAGCGCGACGUGCUUCAGGCUGAGAAGGCCGAGGUGGCCGAGGCGCUCACCAAGGCCGAGGCCGGCCGCGUCGAGCUGGAGCUCUCAGUGACCAAGCUGCGGGCAGAGGAGGCCUCUCUGCGGGACGCCUUGUCCAAGCUGGGCGCCCUCAACGAGAGCCUCGCCCAGGACAAGCUGGGCCUGAACCGCCUGGUGGCGCAGCUCUCCCGGCAGCUGAGCGGGCGGGAGCAGGAACUGGAACAGGCUCGGCGGGAGACGCAGCGGCAGGUGGAGGCGUUGGAGCGGUCUGCCCGCGAGCAGGAGGCGCUGGCCAGGGAGCGGGCGGGCCUGGCCGUGCAGCUGGCCGCCGCCGAGCGUGAGGGCCGGGCUCUGUCGGAGGAGGCCACGCGACUGCGCUUGGAGAAGGACACCCUGGAGGGCAGCCUGUUUGAGGCGCAGCGGCAGCUGGUGCAGCUCGAGGCUCGUCGGGAGCACCUGGAAGCCGAGGCGCAGGCUCUGCUGCUGGCCAAGGAGACCCUGACUGGGGAGCUGGCAGGCCUACGGCAGCAGGUGGCAAGCACAGAGGAGAAGGCCGCUCUGGACAAGGAGCUGAUGGCCCAGAAGUUGGUGCAGGUGGAGCGGGAGGCCCAGGCCUCGCUGCGGGAGCAGCGGGCAGCCUACGAAGAGGACUUGAAGCGGCUCCAGCGUGAGAAGGAGGUGGCCUGGCGGGAGCUGGAGGCAGAGCGGGCCCAGCUGCAGAGCCAGCUGCAGCGGGAGCGGGAGGAGCUGCUGGCCCGCCUGGAGGCCGAGAAGGAGGAGCUGAGCGAGGAGAUCGCAGCCCUGCAGCAGGAGCGGGACGAGGGCCUCCUGCUGGCCGAGAGCGAGAAGCAGCAGGCCCUGUCCCUGAAGGAGUCCGAGAAGACGGCGCUGUCAGAGAAGUUGAUGGGCACGCAGCAGAGCCUGGCUGCCGUCUCCCUGGAGAUGGAGCGGCAGAAGCGGGACGCUCAGAGCCGCCAGGAGCAGGACCGGAGCACCGUGAAUGUCCUGACGGCCGAGCUGCGGGACCUGCGGGCCCAGCUUGAGGAGACUGAGGCGGCUCACGCCCAGGAGGUGAAGAGGCUGCAGGAGCAGGCCCGAGACCUGGCCAGGCAGCGGGAGUCCUGCCUGCGUGAGGCGGAGGAGCUCCGGACGCAGCAGCGCCUGCUGGAGGAUGCCCGGGACGGGCUGCGGCGGGAGCUGCUGGAGGCCCAGCGCAAGGUGCGUGAGGGCCAGGACGGCCACGAGGCCCAGCGGCAGGAGGCCGCGGAGCUGCGGCGCAGCCUGGGUGAAGGCGCCAAGGAGCGCGAGGCCCUGCGGAGGUCCAACGAGGAGCUGCGGGCUGCCGUGAAGAAGGCCGAGAGCGAGCGGAUCAGCCUGAAGCUUGCUAAUGAGGAGAAGGAGCAGAAGCUGGCACUCCUGGAGAAGGCCCGCGUGGCCGUGGGCAAGGAGGCUGGGGACCUGCGGGCGGGGCUGCAGGAGGUAGAGCGUUCCCGGCUGGAGGCACGCAGGGAGCUGCAGGAGCUCCGGAGACAGAUGAAGUUGCUGGACAGUGAGAAUGCCAGGCUGGGCCGGGAGCUGGUGGAGCUGCAGGGCCACCUGGCGCUGGGUGAGCGGACAGAAAAGGAGAGCCGACGGGAGGCCCUGGGACUCCGGCAGAAGUUGCUGAAGGGCGAGACCAGCCUGGAGGCCGCGAGGCAGGAGGUGACCAGGCUGGAUCUGUACAGCCUGAGAUUCUCCCAGCUUUCCUGCUCCAGCAGCCAGGUGGAUGAGGCAGGGAAUAUCGGGGCUGUGUGCCCACGUGGGCGGCGGGUACAGCCGGGCCCUGCGGUGCUUGAGGAGCCUGCAGGAGCCGUCAGGGCAGAGGCCAGUGGCCCCCAGAGCCCUGAGCUCCCCCGUCCUCUAGGAAGUGGAGAAGUGCUCGCCAGCCCCGGCCCCUCGGAGUGCAGCCCCGUGUCCGAGCCCCGCUCCCCGGGACCUGCCACCUCCCCGGCACCUCCAGACCUGGACCCAGAGGUGGUGCGGGGGGCCCUCCGGGACUUCCUGCAGGAGCUGCGGAGCACCCAGAGAGAACGGGACGAGCUUCGAGUCCAGACAUGUACCCUGAGUCGCCAGCUGGCCGAGAUGGAGGCCGAGAGGGACAGCGCAGCCUCGAGGGCGAGGCGGCUGCAGAAGGCGGUGGCCGAGAGUGAGGAAGCCCGGCGCAGUGUGGACGGGCGGCUGAGCGGGGCCCAGGCCGAGCUGGCGCUGCAGGAGGAGGGGGUGCGGCGCAGCGAGCGGGAGCGCCGGGCGGCGCUGGACCAGGUGACCGCCCUGGAACGGAGCGUGCAGGCCACCGAGAGUGAGCUCCGGGCCAGCCAGGAGAGGGUCAGCAAGAUGAAGGCCAACGAGGCGAAGCUGGAGAGCGACAAGCGGCGCCUGAAGGAGGUGCUCGAUGCCUCCGAGAGCCGCACCAUCAAGCUGGAGCUGCAGCGGCGCUCGCUGGAGGGGGAGCUGCAGCGCAGCCGCCUGGGCCUGAGCGACCGGGAGGCCCAGGCCCAGGCCCUCCAGGACCGGGUGGACGCUCUGCAGAGGCAGGUGGCCGACAGUGAGGUGAAGGCGGGCACGCUGCAGCUGACGGUGGAGCGACUGACUGGGGCCCUGGCCAAGGUGGAGGAGAGCGAGAGGGCCUUGCGGGACAAGGUUCGGGGGCUGAGGGAGGCUCUGGCUCAGAACAACGCCAGCCUCACCAGCACCCAGGACAAGAAUCUGCACCUGCAGAAGACCCUGACUGCCUGUGAACAUGACCGCCAAGUGCUCCAAGAACGGCUGGACGCCGCGCGUCAGGCAUUGUCUGAGGCCCGCAAGCAGAACAGCUCCCUGGGCGAGCAGGUGCAGACAAUGCGGGGUGAGCUGGCCGGCCUGGAGCUGCAGAGGGCGGAGGCCGAGGGCCAGCUGCAACAGCUGCAGGAGGUGUUGCAACAGCGACAGGACGGUGAGGCCGCGGCCCUGCGCGCCGUCCAGAAGCUGCAGGAUGAGCGGCAGCGGCUGCAGCGUGCCCUGGUGCAGCUGGAGGCCGAGAAGCAGGACGCGGAGCGGUCGGCGCUGCGGCUAGAGAAGGACCAGGUGGCCCUCAAGAAAACACUGGACAAGGUGGAGCGGGAGAAGCUCCGCAGCCAGGAGGACUCGGUGCGGCUGAGUGCAGAGAAGGGCCGCCUGGACCGCACGCUCACGGGGGCUGAGCUGGAGCUGGCCGAGGCGCAGAGGCAGAUCCAGCUGCUGGAGGCCCAGGUGCUGGCCCUGGAGCAAAACCAUAGCCCAGCCCAGCUGGAGGCAGACCGGCAGCGGCUGGAGCUGCAGCGGGAGGUCGAGCGGCUGCAGAGCGCCCAGGCGCAGACGGAGCGCACCCUGGAGGCUCGGGAGCGGGCCCACCGGCAGAGGGUGCGCGGGCUGGAGGAGCAGGUGUCCACACUGAAGGGACAGUUGCAACAGGAGCUUCGCAGGAGCGCUGCGCCUUUCUCCCUCCCAGCCCUGUCCCCUGAGAAAUGAGCCCCUUCCCGCUGGCAGCCCAAGCCGGGAGGAGGGCCUCCUCUCCAGCAGUCACCCACAGCCUGGCUGGGUGAGGAGCAGCAAGGGCAGUGCUGACCGCCGGCACCACACCACCGCACCCCAGCGGCUUCCCGGCACUUCAGGCCCCUGCAGUGUGUGGGCCCCUCAGUCCAGGCCCCGCUAGGAUGAGCCACUCCAUACUGCAGGAGGAACCCCUGAGCGACUCGGGAAAGCAGGCCUGGGGACCCCUGGGUGCCAGCCAACACUGGAGUAAGGGGCAGAGGAGGGGCUGGAGCGGGGGCCCAGGCCCACCGCUGACCUCCCAGAGACCUCUCUGCCUUGUUCAACAUGUUCAUGGGCAAAGUCCUGUGUUCAGAGCCGCUGUAUUUUUGUACCUUUUUACCAUGUUCACUGUUGGGAGUUAUUUUGUAACGGA